GCUCUGCGCGUGCUGGCUUGUGUGCUAGCUGGGGUUAGCAUAAACAAACAUGGAUAAUGAUGAUGACCUGGACGAACUGCUGGAUGAAGUUGAAAAGAAGUUUUGUAGAAACGUUUCUGUCGCACCUUCGGCUCGCGUGGACUCGAGCGGGGCUGGAAAAUGCGGGAAAGAGAACGAAGGAGAGAGAAAACGCAGUGCCACAAAACCCGAACAGCCGAUAAGCAGCGUCACUGACGAUGUUGACGCUCUUCUGGAGGAAUUACUGGAGGACUUCAGCGACUCCCCUCCACUAAAGACGGAACAGUUUCCUAAAGGAACCCAAGUGGAGAAGAAGCCGACGUCUCAGUCUGGAGGGAGAAAGUGUUGUCCUGUCUUCGUUGGUGGGAGCUCCGUCAUGAGCGGAGUCGGAACAGCCUCGUCCAAGAGGUCAUGUGACCAGCUGAGGUGUACGUCCUGUGACUUCCGGGUGCUAAUGUUCGAUGACUGUGAGUGGGACUCGUCCUGUGAUUACCUGUUCCUCAGGAACAACAUGCCGGACCGUCAGAAGCUGAGAGCCAGGCUGAAGAAGAGGAGAGGUCUGCGGGCGUUCGCCUGUCAGUGCAGCUGGUUCUCCACGUCAGAGCCGACGGACCUCACAGACCGACCUCAGCUCCGAUGGGUCUGUGGCAAACACCACGACUGAAACACUUCAACACUCCGGAAAACAGAAAUGUUUCAGACAGAGAAACUUCUGCUGCUUAUCUGUUGAGCUGAUUUCUGUCUUUCCCUCUGUCCGUCCAUCCGCUCGACUUCAGGAGCUUCAGACACUGAAUCCAUCUUCAGACAGAAAUGUGCUCUGAAAGGGAAGAAGAAGCUCAAUGUUCAUGAGGAACAGCUUCCUCACAGUGGUUGUGCUUUAACAUCUUUAUAUCCUUUAUACAUUCCACUUGUAUUCUCAGCUUUACAAGACCCUGAAAUGACUGAGGCACUAAUGUGUUAAAUUGUUAACCCUCGUGCCUGUAUAGGUAGUGUGCAAACACGUGACAAAACUGUGUGACGUACGCGUGCGAAGCCAUGUUGGUGGAAUAACAAAUCCACAAUGUCGUCUAAAGCGAACAACAACAACUCCGACUUCUUCAAAGUAUGUUGACUCUCUGGAUCCUCUGCAAAGGCAACAUUCAGAGGGAAAGUCCAAAUGUGCGGCCGUGACCCGUACACGCUGAA